GAGACACAUCUGCAGCAUCGCCCAGUCAGAGGCGCAGAAGCUAAACGCGUAGCUGAGCAAAACCAGCGGAGGAUUGAAAGUUUAGCCGAAAAGCGAUAACAAGUCUUUACUCACUUAAAUCAACAAACUACAGCUACAAUGAGUUCUAAAACUCCUAAAAACGAGCCAAAAACAGUGGCUAUCAAGAAAAGGUCCCGAGUCCCUGGUGUAAUGAUAACUCAGUUUGUAGAGCAACUUCCACCGGGAAAAUCCAUACCCGACUUUGCCCGAAAACCAAUGACUACAACUGUUCAAGAGGGUAAAAAAGCCUUUUUUAAGGCUAUGGUGAGUGGAGAGCCACCACCAGCCGUUACAUGGGGCCGCACCAAAGGUGAAAUGAAUGACCCGGAAAAGUACAGCACCAGAUAUGAUGAAAGAUCUCGGGAACAUGUUCUUGAGAUACUCAGUGUAAAACUUGACGAAGCGGACAGUUACAAGUGCUUCGCAACCAAUGAGUAUGGACAAGCAGUCUGUGCCGUCACACUGAACGUCAAUGAAGCCUUCAACAAGAAAACCCAAAACGCAAAUGGGUCAAAGGAGCCGGCCACACAAAAUUUCAGAGCAAUGCUUAAGAAAACAACUGUAGUCACCAGAAAAAAACAACUCCCUGUACAAAAAGAGGGAGAAAUUGAUCCUAAACUCUUGGAACUGCUUUUGAGUGCACAUAAGAAAGAUUAUGAAAGAAUCUGUUUGGAGUUUGGAGUUACCGACUUUCGCUGGUUACUGAAGAAACUCAAGCAGAUGAAAAAGGAGAGGGAAGAUGAGCAAUCAAAGGUUGUAGAAAAGCUGGAAAAUGUGAAACAAAUUGAAAUGAAAUCAACUGGACGAGCUGAAUUUAGCUUCGACAUGAAACUACGAGAUCCCAACAGUGCAGUUAAUUUAUACAAGGAUGGGACAAUGAUUCAAUAUGAUGAUGACAAAAACUCGAAGCACAGCCUUCAGAAAACAGACACAAACUAUCUUUUCAGCAUCAAAGACCCUCAGCAAGAGGAUGCUGGAUUUUAUCAGGUUGAUGUUGAAGAGACCAAUGUUCUUACAACUGACUUUCAAGUACCGGAUGUGGGGUUUGAGGCAAAACUUAAGGACACUAAGGUCACUCUAAAUAAGGAUGCCAUCUUCCAGUGUGUUUUGUCAACACCACUCAACAAAAUUACUUGGUCAAAGGAGGACACAUCACUUGAAUCUGGUGGUAAAUAUGAGAUCACCAUCUCAGAGGACAAACUUACUCACACACUGCGGAUAAAGGAUUGCCAGUUGGCGGAUAAGGGAACAUACUAUGCCAUUGCUGGCAUUACCUCCAGCAGUGCCUCACUUGCAGUCCAAGAUGAUUCAAGUGGACGUAAGAGCACCAAGGCCAGUGACAAGACUAAACAGGUGUCAGAGCAGCAGCUGAAGUUUCCAGAAGAAGGCACUGAGAAUGAUGAUUCAGAUAAAUCAGACAAAGUUGCACAGGGAAACGUAGAUGAUGGCAAAGGACGAGAUGGAGGGGGUGGGGAUGAUGGUAAUGGUGAAGGAAUUGAUGACGGAACAGGCAAAGAAAAUGAUGGAGACAAGGGUGAUGAAGAUAAGAGCACAACAGAUGAUGGCAGUGAUAAGAACAAGAAAAAAUCCAGAGCUGCUCUUUUGGGUGACGACUCUAUGUUAGAUCGCAGAGCUCAGUUUGUCCGAGGAUUGUCAGAUCUGAAUGCCAAAGUUGGGGAACGAGCAGAGCUGUCCUGCAAACUAAAUAAUGAGACUUCUGAAGGACGCUGGUAUAAAAAUGGAAAGCUGCUGACAGAGGAGGAUGGUGUAAAGAUAAUCAAAGAUGGAGCCUGUCACAUACUGGUGAUUGAAUGCUGUAAAGAAGAUGACACUGCUGUGUACCGCUUUGAAGCCGAAGGGCGCAAAUCAGAGGCAACGCUGAAUGUUCAAGACCCACCACGAAUUGAUCCUGAUGCACUAGGCAAAUUCACAAAUCCAGUCAUUGUUAGGGUAGGAGAGAAUGCCGAAUGGAAGCUGCCAUAUACUGGUGGAGCACCAAUGAACAUACAGUGGUACAAGAAUGAUGACGAGCUUCUACCGGCCAUCAAUGUAAAAAUUGACAAAUCUGACAAUGAGAGCCAGCUGCGCCUUACCAAGUGUCAAAGGAAAGACACUGGAGAAGUCAAGAUCAAAAUAAAGAACGAGUUUGGCGUCAUAGAAGCAGUGUCAAAGCUUAUAGUACUUGACAAACCAACACCCCCACAAGGCCCUGUAGAGAUAGUAGAAAGUGCUGUAACUUCUGUUGAAUUCAAAUGGAAACCACCUAAAGACAACGGUGGUUGUCCGAUCACAAACUAUAUCAUAGAACGGCAACAAGUUGGUAGAAAUAAGUGGUCAAACCUUGGAGAGAUCCCUGGCAACCCUAGCUACAAAGACACUGAUGUGGAUCCUGGCCGAAGAUACUGCUACAGGAUCAGGGCCAAGAACGCUGAGGGCAUCAGUGAUUACCUGCAGACAGCGGACAUACCAGCUGGUGUAUUAUCUUAUCCUGGACAACCAUCAACACCCAAAGUGGUGAGUGCCUUCAGAGACUGCAUCAACCUGUCAUGGUGUCCACUGUGUGAUACAGGGGGAACCAAAAUAUUGGGAUACAAUUUAGAGAAGAACAAGACAGGCACAAAUUACUGGAGCCUUGUAAACCAAAAAGGGCCAAUUACAGAUACAAAGUUUGCAGUGAAAGAUGUCUUUGAGGGUGCUGCAUAUCGAUUCAGAGUGUCUGCCAUCAAUCUAUCUGGCGCUGGAGAACCCAGUAUCCCAUGUGAGGCAGUUAUUGCAAGAGAUCCCAAGAAACCUCCGGGGAAAGUGACAGACCUUAAAUUAACAUCCUCCAGCUACACAACAUUUUCAUUGUCUUGGACUAAACCCAAAGAAGUGAAAGGCAUAGAAGAUGAGGCCCAGGGUUAUUAUGUGGAGAUCAGACCAAUAGAGAGCCUUGAAUGGACGCGCUGUAAUGCCACUCCAAUUAGUUUAACUUCCUACACUGUGCUGGGCCUCAAAGCCAUGGCUGCAUACUGGGUGAGAGUAAUUGCCACAAAUUAUGGAGGGGAUGGAGAACCUCAAGGCUUUGAUAAUUACCUCAUUGCCAUGCCACCUCCUGUGAGGCCAAGGUUUAAGGACCGCAAUAUGAAGACUUUGAUGGUGGUAAAAUCUGGAAAUACUGUUCGACUCAACAUCAAUUUUGAGGCUUCCCCGAUGCCUGAUAUCUCUUGGGUAAAGGAUGGAAUUCCUUUACUCAAACAUGUGACCAUAACCAACUCAGAUCGAGGAUCUCAGUUGUUAAUUCCCACAUCUGAGAGGUCAGAUAGUGGCAUCUACACAAUCACAGUGAAGAACAUUGUUGGUCAGGAAAGCUUCAGUGUGGAAAUCAGAGUUACAGAUGAUCCUAAGCCUCCAGGUCCCAUAGAGCUGGAUCAAAACAUUCCAGGAACGGUGACCCUCAGUUGGACCCCUUCUCCAGAUGAGAAAAGAGAUGACAGACUACACUACAUGGUAUCCAAGAGGGACUCCUUCAAACGCACUUGGAGGACAGUAGCUGACAACCUGUUCAACAACAAGUUCACGGUUGUCAACAUUAUGCCUGGACGGGAGUACUACUUCAGGGUGUUUGCGAAAAACGACAUGGGCCUGUCACCACCAUCUGAAUCCCCCAUGUUUGCUUUAAAAAAGGAAAAAGAAAAGUUCAAAGUUGACAUGCCUCAGAUGAAAGCCCUGGAUUUUCAAUCACCUCCAUCGUUCAUUAUUCCCCUAAAGAGACGCACGGCACCUAAAGGCUACGAAUGCGAAAUGAGCUGCGCCGUAAAAGGGAAUCCAGCUCCGCGUGUUACAUGGUACCACAACAACAUCAGCCUCAACACAAACACAAACUACCACAUAACAAACGUAUGCGGAGUCUGCUCCUUGCUCAUCCUACGAGUGGCACCCCAAGACAACGGGGAAUACAAAGUCAUCAUUGAGAACAAACUGGGGAGCGCAGAGUCCACAAUGACACUGAAUGUUAGAGAAUGAAGCGGAUCGGUAACAUCAAGAAUCAGCCUGAACUGAGAGAUUCCUCACUGCGCUUCAAAUCAAUGAUGGAAACUUAUAGGAAUUUUAAACUGCUACUCUUCUCAAUAACGCAGUCCAUCAGUAUUUAAACCCUACAAACAAACAUAUGAAUCUUCUAAUCUAUCAACGUUUGGAAAUCAUAAUAAAAAUGUGACGUUA